AUGUCUGAUAGAACAAAAAUCUUAAAUAGAUGUGCUCUUAUUGAAAAGAAUUCUUUACUAGAUUUGGAAGACUUUAAACUUAGUACUCAUUUUAAGGAAGGUCCAAAAUUUCAGGAAGAAUAUUCAGAACCUUCAAUAAAUUCUGAGUUUUUAGACAUUACUGGAGAUGAUGUAAAUGCUAUUCUUAUUCCAGAUGAUGAAAACUUACAAGCCUCUACUCUAAGAAUGUGGGUUUUGGCUGUUUGUUUGAGUACUUUAAUUGCUGGUAUUGAUUCUUUUUUUUCGAUGAGAUUCCCCACUGUAUCGAUAGGAGCAGUUGUCGCUCAAGUUAUAGCUUAUCCCUUGGGAAAUAUUUGGUACUAUAUUGUACCACUGGUUAAUCUUCCAUUACCUUUCGGUUUAGGCUUUAAUUUAAACCCUGGAAGGUUCAAUCAAAAAGAGCAUGCAUGCGUGUUCUUAUUUUCUAACUUAGUUGUUAGUGCUGGAUUGGUAAAUAAUUUAGUCGUGGAACAAUUCAAGUUCUUUGAUAGGAAUAUCGGGAUUGGAAGAAUGAUUUUAUUUAAUUUGUCAUGCUAUUUGGUUUCUUUUGGCUUGUCAGGCUUGGCUUUGGAUAUAUUAGUUACCCCAAGUGAUCGAAUUUGGCCUGGAGUUCUAAGUAAUCUUGCUUUAUUUAAGACAUUGCACUCAAAUGAAAACCCUCCUGUCCGAAGAUGGAAGAUGACGAGAUAUAAAUUUUUCGUGAUAAUUUUUAUAGGUUCGUUUUUAUGGUAUUGGCUUCCGGAUUUAUUAAUGCCAUUCUUGAGUACAAUUGGGGCCUGGGUUAGUUGGUGUAAGCCAUCGAGUGCUACUCUUUCUCAAGUUUUUGGGGUGCAAACAGGUCUUGGUUUAUUCCCGUUAACUUUUGAUUGGAGUCAAAUUACCUCUCUCAAUAACCCACUCACAACCCCUUUUUGGUCUGUGUGUUGUCUUUUUGGAUCAUUUGUAUUUUGGAUUUGGAUUGUAAUGCCAGGGUUAUAUUACCAAAAUCUUUGGGAAACUGCACACUUACCAAUAAUGACAAAUUCGAUUUAUGACUUAAAAGGUGAAUCAUAUGAUGCAACAAAAGUGAUUGAUAAAAAUUGGAAGCUUGACUACAACAAAUUCAAACAGUAUUCGCCAGUGAUAUUGCCAAUAGCAUUUUUGAUGAAUAUUGCUCUUGGAUUAGGGGCAUUUGCGGCUAUGAUGGUUCAAUUUAUCCUUAGAUUCAAGUCUGAAGUUCUUAUACCUUUGAAAAACAGAAAUUCUCACACAGACUCACAUAAUAAGGAAAUGUACAAGUAUAAGAGAUUACAUUGGAGCAUCUAUAUUUUUAUCGCAGUAAUUGGAUUGGGUCUAGGAAUUACAUUUUGUGAGGGCUUUGAAGACAAGCAAAUAGACGCUGGUGGAUUUAUGGUUUCUUUGCUUCUAGGAUGUUGCCUAUAUAUUCCUUUGGCCUUAAUUGAAUCAAGAGCAAACACGAGUGUUAGUAUGGCGCCAUUCUUCGAAAUUAUAUCUGCUUUUUGGUAUAAGGGCCAACCAUUAACUUUAUUAUACUUCUACUGUUCUGGCUUCUCAAUUUUGCAACACGCCAUGCAUACAUCUCAAGGUGCUAAAAUAGGGCAUUAUAUGAGAGUUCCUCCCAAAGUUACUAUGACGGUUUUGUUUUUCUCGGCAAUUUGGAGUUCUUUAGUUAGUCCAACAGUUGCUGGGUAUGUUGUCACCCACAUUGACGACGUUUGUACGUCAGAAGCGACAAAUAAUAUGACAUGUAGGAAAACUAAAACUCAGUUUAAUACCCAUUUGGUAUGGGGUCUCUUUGGGGAUACAUUAUUUUCUUAUGGAGGGCGGUAUUCUUGGGUUCUUUACUUUUUCUUAGUUGGAGGAUUAGUUAGUAUGAUUCAUUUUAUUCUAAUUAAGUUUAGACCUAAUGGUAUCUGGACAAGAUUUAACCCCAUAUUGUUCUUUGGUGGAGCUGCAAAUAUUCCUGCAGUUACAGGCUUCAAUUUCUCUACAUGGUUUGUUGUUGCAGUUAUAUUUAAUUUCUACAUCCACCGUAGAUUUGUUGACUGGUGGAGAAAAUACAAUUUAGUCAUGGGGAUAGGUUUAGACUGUGGAGUUGCAAUUGCUGCUAUAAUUAUAUACUUUUGUGUAGUAUAUACCGGAGCUUCUGAAAAUAUUAAUUGGUGGGGAACUACAGUUGAUGGAAAAGGUUGCGAUUCAAUUGGCUGCCCACAUCUAACAGGUCCAAUUUCUCCACCUUCCGAGUGGUGA